CGGCCCAGUGAGGAAGGAGCAGAUGGGGCUUGCCGGGCCAUCGGGUUAAAAACCCUGAAUUUAGAGGCGGUUGAUAAUAGCCCAGCGGCCCAGCCACAACUCCUGGGUCUGUGGCCGGAGGGGUCUGGGGGCCUGACCGGAUGUUGUUCUCCCCUAGGCCGACAGAGCCUUCGCCUGGUUAUGGAGUAUCUUCCUAAUGGCUGCCUCCGGGACUACCUGCAGCGUCACCGGGCCCACCUGGACCCCUGUUUCCUCCUCCUCUACGCGGCCCAGAUCUGCAAGGGGAUGGAGUAUCUGGGCUCUCAGCGAUAUGUUCACAGAGACUUAGCCAACAGGAACAUCUUGGUGGAAAGCGAGAGCCACGUGAAGAUCGGAGACUUCGGUCUGGCCAAACUUCUGCCCCAGGACAAAGAAUACUAUGUGGUCCGGGAGCCGGGCCAGAGCCCCAUCUUCUGGUAUGCCCCAGAAUCCUUGUCAGACAACAUCUUCUCCAGGGAGUCUGAUGUCUGGAGUUUCGGCGUUGUCCUCUAUGAGCUUUAUACUUACAGCGACAAAACCCACAGCCCCUCCGAG